AGUUUGUCAGUCGCCAGUCUCCCCGCUAGAAUUCCCAGCAAGGUGUCUCCCGGACUACCGCCGUCCUCCGCGGCCAGUCUGCCCCCAGACACCCACCCUGCCCCGGGUCCCCUCACUCAGCUCUCCGUUUCUCCCCUUCCCGGUAACGGCGGCACCAGUUUUCAGCCAUGGCGACGAGCGCGAAGCGAAAGCAGGAGGAGACUCACCUAAAGAUGCUCCGGGAAAUGACUAGCCUGCCCGCGAAUAGGAAAUGCUUCGACUGCGACCAGCGCGGCCCGACCUAUGUCAACAUGACAGUCGGCUCCUUCGUCUGCACCACCUGCUCCGGGAUCCUGCGAGGACUCAAUCCCCCACACAGAGUGAAGUCCAUCUCUAUGACCACGUUCACGCAGCAGGAAAUCGAGUUCCUACAGAAACACAGCAACGAGGUCUGUAAACACAUCUGGCUGGGCCUCUAUGACGACAGGACAUCAGUUGUUCCAGAUUUCCGAGAACCGCAGAAAGUAAAAGAGUUCCUUCAGGAAAAAUAUGAAAAGAAAAGAUGGUACGUUCCUCCAGACCAGGCGAGGGCAGUAGCGAGCGUGCAGGCCUCUGUGUCCGGCUCCUCAGCCAGCAGCACUGGCAGCACCCCGGAGGUCCAACCCCUGAAAACACUACAGCUCAACAAGACGCCUCUGCGCCAGUCUCCAGGGCUGAGCCGCUCCCAGGCCCACAGCGCUGCUCAGGAGAAGAAAUUCGACCUGCUCUCCGAUCUGGGGGGAGACAUCUUCGCUGCUCCGCCCUCUCACACUGCCAGCUCCACCAACUUUGCCAACUUUGCACAUUUCCCAAGCCAGUCAGCACCUCAGGGUAAUUCAAACACCAACUUCGCCAACUUUGAGGCGUUUGGAAACACUGCAAUUCCAUCCCAUUUGAGCACAUCACCUCCCUCCAAGUCCUUUUCGUCAGGAGGCGUGCCAAUCCCGUCAAUGUCCAGCGCCGUCGCUGCCCACUCCCUGGCAGGCAGCUGCUCGGAGGACCGCUACGCUGCUCUGGCUGAGCUGGACAACGAGCUCAGCUCCUCUGUGUCCUCAGCCAGCAGUGUGCAGGGGAACUUAUUUGGUCCAGUGCUCGGCUCGUCUCCAGCCCAGAAUCCUCCCGUGUUACCCAGCAUGCAGCCUGGUUUUGGAGCCGUGCCGUCCACAAACCCUUUUGUCGCCGCAGCCAUCCCACCCGAGAUGGCCACCAACCCUUUCCAGACCAACGGCAGAGCUCCAGCUGCAGCCUCGUUUGGCACUGGCUCUAUGAGCAUGCCCGCCGGCUUUGGGAAUGCGUCUUCCUUCUGCCUCCCGACCAGUUUCAGCGGAAACUUCCAGCAGCAAUUCCCCGGCCAGGCCCCAAUCCCUUACUCUCAGCCGGGGGCCUAUCACCCUCAGUCUAAUGGCCCGGCGUUCCCAGUGUACGGCCAGAACAAGCCUUCCAUCACGCCGUUCGGCCAGCCCAUGGCUGUCCCCGGCAUGUCCAACAACCCCUUCAUGGCGGGAGCGCCCACCGGGUCCUUCCCUGCCGGGGGUUCGUCCACCAACCCCUUCCUGUAGCACAGCUCCCGGUCGUCGCCGCCAGGGGGCAGCAUGCAGCACAUAUUCAGCACCUGACCCAUCAAGCAAUUUGUGGCAGUACAUUUCUAAGAAAAAACAACAAAAGACUUGGGUUUUUUUUUGUUUUUGUUUUUUUUUUAAUGUCUUAAAACGUUUACAACACUAUGAAGGAGUACAAAGGACUAUUCUGAAGACUAAGGGACUGUUAUGGGGAAAUGUACUGUUUGGACUAUAUACAUUGCAUUGUAUGCUCUUUAUUUUUUGUUAAUGACUUAAAGCUUUGUGCAUAUCACCAUUUCUUAUAAACACACACACACAAGAUAAACACAAGGGUGAGUAUACACACUCCUUGAGAAAAAACAAACCACUGAAAGCUGAAAUAAGGUUACGGACACUAAACAUUAUUAACAGGGUUUUAUCCGAGGAUGCCAUCUGUGAUUUCAAACUACCAUGGAAAACCAAGUUUUCAACUCCAAAAGUUUUUUUUCUUUCUUCCUGGUAUUUUUAGCUUCUUGCGAUUGAACCAACACUUAAGAAUUAGUUUCCUCAAUCCUCUGAUGCAUAGCGCUGUUUCUGGGAGACAAACAUUGCCUGUGAACCAAAGCAACCAAAAACCCAUGUAUUUUGAAUUGAGAAGAGCGUGGCCCAUGUGUGUGUUUCUGUGAAUGAGCUGUUGGUUUAAACCCGUUACAGUGUGUUUGUUGAAUAUGAGGCCAGUAGAUACCUCAGAGGACUUUAGCCUUACGGCACACACACGCCUGCUUGAGCACAAAUGGAGGGAAAAAGUGGUGGCUGACAUGAAUUGUUCUUUUUUUUUUUCUUUGCCCUAUAUAUAUAAAAAAAAAACUUUGUUAAAACUGUAUCCUCUUAUAACCUCACUUUUACUGGUUGUAGUUGUCAGGCAAAGCAUAUUUAAGAUAAUCACUAUAUUUUAUGUACAUGUUAAGAACAAGACAAGAUCAGACUGUUAAUGAAGAUGUAUGUUUUUCAGGUUGAUCCAGCUUGGGUCACCUGAAAACAAAUACCGUUAAUAGCAUGGUUGUGCGUCUACAUUUGACGAGAAAUGUCUUUUUUUAUUUUCUCUCUAGGCCCUGCCUCAGCAAAACGCUUUUAAAAACUGAACACCGAGGAGCUGGUAGUUAUGUUGUAUUUACUGGGCUGCCCUGUUAUCGGUUCUCUUCUUUGCCUUGUUAUUGAAAAGCUUUUAAAUAUUGAUCCGAUUUGCUUUAAGAUAAGGAAGGGCAUAGGACCGUGCUUUCCGGGAUUAUUACAUUGCCUAAUCUCCCCGGGUUUCAAUUGUACCACACAAGACUAACCAUGAAUUUGGCUUUGUGUUUCUUGUAUUUACAAGAAUAGGUAAGUAAAUGUGUAUAUACGUAUAUAAAUAUAUAUAUAAAUAUAUAUAUAAAUAAAUUAAAAGAUUUUUAACUACGACUUUGCAUUUGUGCAGCCAUCUGUUAUAAUGAUCCUUUCUUCCAGCAGGCAGGUGACUUUACAGUACGGUCAGCUGUGCAAUAAAU